AUGGUGGCAAGGGACAGCUUUGGGAGUGCUAUUUUUGAGGACGAGGAACAGGGAACCAGCACGGGAUAUGGCAACAAUGCUGAAGAUAUGGAAGACAUUGAGGAGGAGCUCCAGCGGGUGAUGGACCAGUAUGCUGGAGCGAGGCCCAGUUCAAAGGGUGGCAACUCUGUUGAGGAAGAUGGCUACUCAGAGAUGGCUGCCAGCAGCGCCAGCAUGUGGGACUCACCUGACCAUGUGCAGACGACCAUCAACCACCUCUCUUCCACCCUUGCAGCCUUUGGACUCCCGUCUGAUUUGUCGCUGCAAUCAGAUCGCACUGGGUUGGACGCCGCGCAGGCCUGCAAGGUGCUGCAUGCGCUCAUAAAGCAGCGGCAGAGAGAUGUGGAACGUGGCAGGGACGCCGCCGAACGCAUGGCACGGCUGGCGCACGACCUUAAGGUCAGCAACCACCAGCGCGACAAGCUGGCGCAGAAAUUCACCGCCAAGGAGCGCGAGCUUGGGGCGCUUGAGAAUCGGAUGCGGCUGAAGGAGACGGGGCAGAAGACGGAGCUGGCCAAGCUGCGGGCGGAGCACGCGGAGCAGGCCAAGGCGAUAGUGGCGAUGCAGCGGCGCGCAGUGCAGGCGCAGCACGAGAUCCGGCGCAAGGAGCACGACUACGACCGCCUGCAGCAGCGCCUGCGGGACAUGCUCACCGAAAAGGCACGCUCCAUGCACAUUCAUUGCCCCUCUUUGGAGCGGCAAAGCAAACGGGAGGCCAAGGCGGCGCUUGAGGCGGCUGGCAAGCUGUGGGAGGACAUGCAUGGGCCGCAGGCGCGUCUGCGCAGGAAAGAUGACGAGGUCUACCAGAGGGUGGUGGCGGCGUAUGAGGGGAAGCAGGCGGAGGUGCAGCGCGAGGCGGCCGGCCUGCGCGCAGCGCUGGAGCACCUGCAGAAGGAGCACCGUGCGCUUGUCAACCAGCAGGUUCGGCAGGUGCACCAGAUGGCGGCUGCGCGCAGCCUGGUGGAGGAGGAGUUCCUGGGCAGCUUGGCCGGCCUGCCAGCCCCCCAGCUGCGCGAGCGCCUGGUCGCCAAGUUUGGCGCGCUCCAGGAGCAGGCCGCCGCUCUUGCCACCCUUGACGUCCCCGAAGAGGAGGAGCUGACGACGGUGGCGGAGCACCGGCUGGGGCGCGCUUUCAGAAGUGGGCGCACGCUGGUGAGGGACCAACAGGCCCUGGCCAGCGCAGCGCUCGCUGCCCUCACACGCGCCGCCGAGGAGGCCCGCACAGCCACCACGGAGGCGACGGAGGCAAAGGCUCGCGCAGAGGUGUCGGCACGUCGUGCGGACAAGAUGCUGGCGGUGGCGCGCAAGGCGGCCGGGGAGGUGCACGCGGCGCGCGCCCUGGCCGACGCCGAGCGCGCCGAGAAGGCCGAGUACCAGUCCGCCAAGGAGCGGGUGGAGGCUGAGGCUGCAGAGAAAGAGCGCGCGAAGGAGGAGGAGGAGCUGCGGCUGCGCGAAUUGGAGCGCGACUACAGCGCCACCGUCGCCCGCCUCGAGCAGCGCGUGCAGCAGGCCGACCAGCAGUCCCAGCUCAAGGGCAAGGCGGCGCAGGAGGAGGCGGCGCGGCUGGCGGCGGCGGUGGCGGAGGAGCAGCGCAACGUACGGGCGGCGCUGCAGGCCCUCGAGACCGAGCGCGCGCGACUCACCGCCGUGGCCGAGGCCGAGAAGGCGCGCCUGCAGAAGCAGGCGUUUGAGCUGGGCGCGGCAAAGUGGGAGUUUGAGAAUGCGCGCAAGGCGUUUGGCGACACCAUGCGCAAGUUUGCCCCCGGCGGCGGCGCCGGACACUUCCUGGCCAACGCCAUCGCCCGCCGCACCGACCGGGAAGCACAGAGCCGCAGCGCAGCGGACGGCGGCGCGGCGCAGGCGGGUCAGCGUGCAGUGGCGGAGCUGUCAAUGAAUCUGACUGCAGAGGAGUCUGACGCGACUUUGUUGGACGCGCGCUCAGCCGCCACCUCGCCGACCCGGCCACCGUCUCCGGCGCGGCCCAUGAUUGCCGCAUGA